AUGUACUUAAUCGAAGGAGUGGGCGACGAAGUUGCGUAUGCCCUACUAGUGCUGAUUGUGACAGUGGUUAUGACCAUAGCCUGGUGGUCGACCGCUGUCCGGUCAUCACUUUCCACUUCUGUGUGGUUGAUACAGUUGCAGAACUGGCCUUCGCGGCGUCUGCUGCACGUCUACUCGGUUCAGACAUCACCAGCUGCCACGAGUGAAACCCGUACUGCUGCCGUCAGCGUUGAAAAUGGUCCGACUAUCGGUUCUAUUGCAUCGUCAGAAACAUCGCCUAAUCCGGCGCUUCCAUCUCCUGUCGAUGACUCUCAAGAAAGAGACUCAGACACUGUUACGGCGGACGCUUUAUUGUUAAACGAAAGUAAUGCGAAUGGCUCCGAGGGAGUGCCGGGACUCGAUGGUGCCGAACGGCGAACAGUGCCAAACGACAGCCCGACCGUUACUCAGACGAAUCACUCCGAAACUGUCGUAAAACCAGCCAACGAUAGUGAUGCAACACUGACGAUACAAUUGAGAUUCUUAGACGAGUCGCAGCGCCUGGUCAUAGCAACGCAAUCUGAGAGCGUUGGUGACUUUAGAAGGUGA